UUUUUUUUUUGCAAAUACGACAUUAUUUGUUUAUAAUAUAUUAGCAAAUACAUUAAAUUUUUUUUUAUAAAACCUAUUAGUUCCCAAAUAUUGGAAAGCGAACUUCAAAAACAACAAUAAGUAAAAGAAAAAAGAAAAAUGAGGGUCUUAAUACCGAAAGAAGAAACAGCCAUCAUUGAUGAUCCUUCAUUGACUCAUCGUCCAGAGUUGAAAUAUAAAGGUUUAAUAAAUGAAAAUAGUCAGAAAAAGUUUCGAAACUACGAAGAUAAUUUGCAAACAUUAAAUGUAAUGAAUACAUACCAACAAAUGCAUGCUAACCAAACUGUUGCUUUUGGUAUAGAAAAAAGAAAAAAGUGGUUGAAAUUUGAUCAUGCUGAGAUGACAAUAUUGGAAGCAGUAACCUUGCUAGACAAUUUAGUGGACUCCAGUGAUCCUGAUAUUGAUUUACCAAAUUCAAUGCAUGCUUUCCAGACAGCUGAAAAGAUCAGAGAAGUACAUCCAGAUAAAGACUGGUUUCAACUGACAGGCCUCAUCCAUGAUCUUGGAAAAGUUAUGGCAUUAUGGGGUGAACCACAGUGGUGUGUUGUUGGAGACACAUUUCCUGUAGGAUGCCAAUUCCAACCUACAUGUGUAUUUUACAAAUACUUUGAAGAAAAUCCAGACUGGAAUCAUCCGGAAUAUAGCACACCCAACGGCAUCUAUAAAGAGAAUUGUGGACUAGAUCAAGUGAUGAUGUCUUGGGGACAUGACGAAUAUUUGUACCAAGUACUUAAACAUAACAAAGCUACACUCCCAGAAGAAGCACUUAAUAUGAUUCGUUAUCAUUCUUUUUAUCCAUACCAUGCAUCUGACAGUUAUAAAAAUUUAUGCAACGAAAAAGAUGUUUUGAUGUUACCUUGGAUACAAGAAUUCAACUUGUUUGACUUGUAUACAAAAAGUGACAAACUUCUCGACCCAAAAGCUUUGCAACCUUAUUACCAAUCUUUAGUUGAUAAAUAUAUACCUGGAUUUCUAAAAUGGUGAUCUUUUGGAAAUUUUUGAACAUAUUUUAAUAUAAUUUUUAAUAAAAUAAUAAAUAAUUUUAAUAUAAUAACACUUGUUGUAGUUAAGUCGUUUAAGUUCAAACUUCGUUUGGUUUCAUCAUAUUUUUUUUUAAUAAAAUUUGUUUAAUUUCAUAAUGAAUUUU